ACACUCGCCGCACGCGUGCGCAGUGGGCCGCAGAGCCGCCAUGCCGGAACCGCGCGGGUCGUCGCCCCUUCGGGUAAACGCGGCGUUUGCCGCGCGCUACGGCCGCUACCGGGAGCGCGAGGAGCUGCAGCGGCUUAAAGAUCGCUACGGGGACCGGGACAUCGGCGGCGACUCCAGCUCUGAGUCUGACUCUAGCGACGAGCGCGUGGAAUUUGACCCCCAGCAAGAGCGUGACUUUUACAGGACUCUCUCUUUGUUGAAGAAGAAGGACCCCCGCAUUUAUCAGAAGGAUGCCACCUUCUAUCAGAAAGCAGUAUCGUCCUCAGAGAGCGAGGAAGCUGAGGAAGCCGAAGGGAAGCAAAAGAAGAUGCGGCCUAUGUACCUGAAGGACUAUGAAAGGAAGGUUAUCCUGGAGAAAGAAGGCAAAUAUGUCGAUGAGGAAAAUUCAGAUGCAGAGACCUCUGAUCAGAGAUUCCAGCAGAUCUCGUCGCAAAGUUACGUGGAAGAACAGAAACAGCUCAAGGAAAGCUUCCGGGCAUUCGUGGAGGACAGUGACGAGGAGGACAGUGCCGGGGAAGGCGGCUCUGGGUUGCUGCAGAAACGGGCCAAAACCAGGGAGGAGAAGGCCCAGGAGGAUGCGGACUAUGUGGAGUGGCUGAAGGGGCAGAAGGAGAUCCACAACCCUGACGCCCUGAAGGAACUGACCCACCUCAAGGAAUAUUGGAACAACCCAGAGCUGGAUGAAGGAGAGCAGUUCCUGCGGGAUUAUAUCCUCAACAAACGUUACGAGGAGGAGGAGGAGGAGGAAGGCGAAGACGAAGAGGGGGAGGAAGGGGGCCCCAGCCUCCCGGUCCAGCUGGCCGUGGACGAUUCCUCAGACGAGGGGGAGCUGUUUCUGAAGAAGCAGGAGGACUUCGAGCACAAGUACAACUUCCGCUUCGAGGAGCCGGACUCGGCCUCGGUCAAGACCUACCCUCGAAGCAUCGCGUCCUCUGUGCGCCGCAAGGAUGAACGCAGGAAGGAGAGGAGAGAGGAGACACGGGAGCGAAAGAGGAGGGAGAAAGCGAAGAAGCAGGAGGAGCUCAAGCAGCUGAAGAACCUGAAGAGAAAGGAGAUUCUGGCCAAGCUGGAGACUCUGCGGCAGGUCACAGGCAAUGAGACGCUGGGCUUUGAGGAGCGGGACCUCGAGGACGACUUUGACCCCACCCGGCACGACCAGCUCAUGCAGAGGUGUUUUGGGGACGAGUACUAUGGCACCGUGGAGGAGGAGAAGCCGUACUUUGAGGAAGAGGAAGGGCUUGAAGAUGACUGGAACUGGGACGCAUGGGCUGGGCCUGAGCAGGGAGGAGCUUGGAAUCAGCAGGAGCUGCACUGCGAGGACCCCGACUUCAAUAUGGACGCUGACUACGACCCCAGGCAGCCGCGGAAAAAGCCGCGCGAGGCCCCCCUGAUGGGCAAGAAGAAGCGCAAGUCACCCUUCGCUGCGGCUGUGGGGCAGGAAAAGCCGGUGUUCGACCCUGGAGACAAGACGUUCGAGGAGUACCUGGACGAGUAUUACCGGCUGGACUACGAGGACAUCAUCGACGACCUGCCCUGUCGCUUUAAGUACCGCACCGUGGUUCCCUGCGACUUCGGGCUGAGCACCGAGGAGAUCCUCGCUGCCGACGACAAGGAGCUGAACCGGUGGUGCUCCCUGAAGAAGACCUGCAUGUACAGGUCCGAGCGGGAGGAACUGCAGGACAAGAAGGCGUACAGCCGGAGGGCCCAGAGCUCCUGGAGAAAGGGGCAGAUCUUCAAGUCACUUUGCCCAGAGGGGACGGAGACGCUUACAGAAGCCACAGAGAAGCCACAGAGAGACAAAGAUGGCCCACCCGGGCAGCUGCUGGCACCUGAUGGGGCCCGCAGGAAGCAGCCCCAGCCUGGGAGCCCCCCAGCACAGGAAGAAACAGUCCCCGUGUCACGCACCCAGAAGCCAGUCCCCCAGAGGCGGAGGAGGGGCAGGAAGGCGCGUCUCCUGGGCCCCACCGUGACACUUGGUGGGCAUGAGUUUAGCCGCCAGAGACUGCAGGCCUUUGGCCUCAACCCCAAACGGCUGCACUUCCGCCAGCUGGCCCGGCAACGGAGGAAGCCGCAGGGUCCCAAGAGCGGCCCCUGAACUCCAGGGAGCAGGCAGGGGCCCUGGGGUUCCUCCCUUCCAUCGCACUCCUCAUGCAUCUCCCUCAUGGACUGUGUGGACCCAUGGGCAGAGAAGUCUUCCUGUCUCACAGAUGUGGAAGCCGAGGCCUACGUAACAAGCUUCCCCCACCAUCUCCCCUUAAGACACACCUCAGACCCCAUCCCUCAGAUGCUGGGCCAGCCAUAGCCACAGUCAAGUUAAACGGCUUUAUUAGCC